AUGUCCAUCGGUGGCCCUUGUCUCUGGGCUCCUUCUUUGUCCUCGCCAGUCGCCUCGCCACUGUCUGCUGUCACAUCCCACCUAUCCGCAGUAGCUCGUCACGGAGAGCGGGUUUCUUCGACGCCACGGAUAGCCUCCCCGCUGUUGAUUCUGCCUAAAGAUCGAGAGAUUACAUCUCGGAGUACAUCGUCGUCGGUUGAGAUGCAACGGACUGGCGUUACGGCUGAGAAUGCCUUGCCCACUCCGGUGUCAAUUCCGGGGACCAUGGCGGGGACCGGAUCGUAUCGUGAGGGAGAAAUCCCAUCGCGAGAGGCAGUCAACCAAAGACCGGGAGGGGGAAGAGAAGACUUGUUGCCCCGAAUGAAGCUGGAAAUUCCUGGCGGAGGCAAUACAAACUAUGCGAUGUCGCAGCCGCUGGUUGGAUACGGUCGCUCUGGCGAGACGACGGGCACCUCCCAGUCGGUUAUUGAUGCAAAUGACGAUCACGACAGGGAGUCGACGAUUAGCCCUUCCGAUGAAAGGGGCGAGGUUAUUGGAGAUGAUGAAAGCAAUCGAUCGCCUUCGUUAGAGAAGAAAAAGAUGAAGAGGUUUCGGCUUACGCACAAUCAGACUCGCUUUUUGAUGAGUGAGUUCACUCGUCAAGCGCACCCAGACGCUGCUCAUCGGGAGCGUUUGUCGAGAGAAAUCCCCGGCUUGACGCCACGUCAGGUUCAAGUGUGGUUCCAGAACAGGAGAGCUAAGCUCAAGCGUUUGACUACAAAUGAUCGUGAAAGAAUGCUGAAGUCGCGAGCCCUCCCGGACGACUUCGAUACGACGAAAGUCCUGCGUACGCCGUUUGAAAGCAAAUCUACAGGUCCGACGCCAGUGGCAUCGCCGCAUGAUUACGGAGCGCCGAACCCGGAUUUCGCGUCUCUCAGAGCACUUCGCACGGAUUGCUUCCAGCGGCCAAAUGAGGACGACUACCUCGUCUCACCCCUCAGUUCUGCGUCUACCGCAGGAACGUACAUGUCUUCUGCUGGACGGAGUGACGGACUACCCAGCUCUGGGAUGAUGUUUGGCCGACCAGCAGCAUCUGCUUCCAUGUCCGAUCUGCAUAGAACGAUUCGGAACGACUACUCCAUUACCAGGUCUAGCAGCCUGUCAGAUGCGUCGUCUCACCCUCCAUCCUUCCAUCAUAGUAUGCAAAUGCACAACCGAUUCGCCCCGUCCUCGAAUCCUUCUGGUCUGCCAUAUAUGCGGCAACCACACAUGGAAUACGGUGUUCCUCGUCACCCAGGUGCAAUGGUAGCCCCUUACGAUCAGCACCAGCCAUUUGAGGGCUCCGUGUCCCCAACUGAAUCCCAGGGUGCGCCAAUGACUUAUGAAAUGAGCAAUAUCAGCUCGCAACCGCAAAGUUAUCAGCCGCAGCUUGCAAUGUCCACUUCAAAAGACUACAGCGCUCUGGGUAUGGGCGCUCAGCUCUCCUCGCACGGAAGACCCCUAUCGACUCUGCAGUCUGUGCCUGUCUCCGCUCCGCAAGAAUAUAGACCCUACUCGUACGGCAACCCUUCAGCGCCUAUGGGUACCAUGCCCUACACUCAAUCAAACGCCUCCACCAUAAGCCUCCCUCCUUCCUUUGCCCCGACCGAGUCCACCUCGGCCUCGCAGGACCAGAUGCCGCAGAAUCAGCAAGGCCUGGAGUCUCUCCGAACCAAGUUCGGCAACCACCCCUUCAACUACGCGAGCUAUAUUCAACAAUAG